AGAGGAAAUCAGUCAUCGUCUACAGGCCCUUUCCGAACGUUUCAGGAAAUAUUUUCCUGAGCAACAGAGUUGGGACCAGCACGACUGGGUUCGUAACCCCUUCACUACCAACGCAGGGUGUCAGCUGUCGUCAGACCAACUGGUUACUCUUCUGGAAGUUUCAAGUGACCGCACACUGAAAGCAGUCUUCAGUUCAACCCCACUUGCGGAGUUCUGGUUGUUAGCUGAGGCAGAGUACCCCGAAGUGCCAAGACUCGCAAUUGAUGCACUUUUGCCUUUUGCCUCGACUUGUUUCUGCAAAACAACAUUUUCUGUACUUACUUAUAUUAAAAACUAAUGCCGCUCAUGAUUAAUGACACUGGAGGAUGAUUUACGACUAGCAGUGUCUGGAAUUGAACCAUCAUCACACCGAAUAAGAGCAGAGAAGCCUGUCUGCAACUACGAAGGAGGAAAAGAGCCCCCCAUCUUUUCACAAGAAGGAGAUGUUAUCAUAGGAGGAGUCUUUUCAUUUUACAACAACCUUGUAGUUGAAGAGCAAUCCUUUACAACGGUACCUGGUGCAUUAAAAUGCAGAGAUUUAGAUAUAAAAGAAUAUCACGUAGCUCUGGCUAUGAUCUUUGCCAUUGAAGAAAUAAAUAACAGUUCAGAAAUUCUUCCUGGUGUAUUAUUGGGUUAUAAGAUAUAUGAUGCUUGUGGUUCCACAUCUUUGGCUAUAAGGGCAGCAAUGGCUUUAAUGAAUGAGCCAGCAGAAGCACUUCAAUCAGACCAGUCCUGCAACAAGACCUCCUCUGCUAUUGCAAUAAUAGGGCAAUCUGGAUCAUCACCCACCAUUGGAGUUGCAACAAGUGUGGGACCCUUUCAUAUACCUGUGGUAAGUCACUUUGCGACAUGUUCUUGUCUCAGUAACAGAAACAAGUAUCCCACAUUUUUCAGAACCAUCCCCAGUGACUAUCAUCAGAGCAGAGCCCUGGCAAAGCUUAUGAAGCACUUUGGAUGGACCUGGAUUGGUGCCAUUAGAAGUGACAAUGAUUAUGGCAACAGUGGGAUGGCUUCAUUUAUACAAGCUGCCCAGCAGGAGGGCAUCUGUAUUGAAUAUUCAGAGGCCAUUUAUAGAACUGAUAACAAAGAGAAGUUUCUUAACAUUGUGGACGUCAUUAAAAAAUCUUCUUCAAAAGUUAUUGUUGCUUUUGCGUCACCUAUAGAUAUCGAUUUUCUAGUGAAAGAAUUGCUUCUUCAAAAUAUCACAGGUUUCCAGUGGGUGGGCAGUGAAUCCUGGAUUACAGACAGAAAUACUGCAUCAGAAAAGGGUUAUAAAGUACUGGGUGGGGCCAUUGGCUUUGCAGUUACUAAUGCUGAGAUACCAGGCCUGGAAGACUUUCUACUCAAUGUCCACCCACUUGGUACACCUGGUAUCACUGGGUUAGCAAAGCUUUGGAAACAUGUUUUUGGCUGCACUUUCACCAUCCACGACAAUAACGAAACUGUUAAAUUAUGUACGGGGAUGGAGAAUUUAAAAGAAGCCAGCAGUGAGUACAGUGAUGUAUCAGAUCUCAGGAUACCAAUUAAUGCUUACAAAGCUGUCUAUGCAGUGGCCCAUUCAUUACAUGCUCUGUUAAUGUGCCAAAGUGGUCAAGGACAGUCUGAUAACACAACAUGUGCAAGCAAAAAGAAAACAGAACCUUGGCAGGUACUACAUUACUUGAGAACAGUUCAAUUUACAACCAAAAGUGGAGAGGAGGUCUAUUUUGAUGGAAACGGAGAUCCAGCAGCACGAUAUGCAUUAGUAAAUUGGCAGCUGAACAAGGAGGGAAUCAUAACAUUUACGAUUAUUGGUCUUUAUGAUGCCUCGUUACCAGAAGGACAGCAGUUUAUAAUGAAUUAUGUCAACAUAGUGUGGGCAGGAGAUCAGAAGAAGGUGCCAAGAUCAGUGUGCAGUGAGAGCUGCCUUCCAGGGACUCGUAAGGCCAUUGAGAAAGGGAAGCCAGUCUGCUGCUUUGUCUGCAUCCCCUGUGCAGAGGGAGAGUUCAGCAACACU